AUGUCGUUGUGGACAGAUGAGCGUGUGGACGAAACGGUCACCUCCGCGUAUGUUCAUUCUCACCUCCGCGCAGAUGAACAGGAAUAUCUUCAACGGCCUUUGUAUUUCGGCGGAGAUCUGACCGACGAUACCUAUUUGGACUGGAUCCUAACCAGAGCAAAACGUUUCUUUCUCAUCCUGGUUGCCACUGGAGUACCCGAUCAAAUCUUUGGCAUAAUCGAUGACUCGUACGAUGACGAAGAUCUACCCAUUAUCGAGCAAGCUGUCCCCGAUCUCCGGCUGUCUUUCCAACCCGACAGGUCUUUAGACAGACGUUUCUACAAGAACCAGUUCCGGUUUCUUACGCGCGUUGUUGGGGAGGGAGAACAUAUCCGUUAUGCGGAUGAAGAAACAGUCCCAGUCGUCCCUCUCAGUUUGAAAUCGGUGGUCCUUUCGCUCGGUCACGAAGGUACCGACAGAGUUCGGUUACCGUCCGACAAUCAAAGGAUCUUCGUUCGCCGCCGCAUUGUCCUCGAAGCUCCGCUAACGGAGGAGGACAUCUUAAACGAAAUCGCUGCAAGCAGGAGACUAUGCCACCAACAUAUCGUGUCUGUCUUUGGUUCCUACCUCCAUCAAGGGGCUUUCAAUGUCAUCUCAGCCCCAGCGGCGGAAUGGACCCUCAAGACAUUUCUCACCGAUACUCCCAAAAGCUUUGGUGCUCUCCCGAAGCCUGAGCGACGACGAAUCCUGAUCAAUUGGCCACACUGCCUAGCUAAUGCCUUAGCCUGGCUACACGAGAAUGGCGAAUGUCAUGGAGGCAUCCGACCCUCCAAUAUCCAGGUUGAUGACUCCUUCUGCAUCUCCUUGGGCCUCCUGGAUGGAGACGGGUUGCUUCGUCAUAAGUCUCGCCAUGACGAUAUCGAAGCCUAUCAGUACGGUCCGCCGGAGCGUUGGAAGCGAGCUGUCACAGUGCAAAGCACUGGCUCUGCCGCUCUGUCGCUCCCUUCUGGCGGACGAUCUGGCCGGAAGGUGGGUGGAAACUCAUGGCUGAACUCUUCAGACGACAAGAAUACUGCGAGAAGCAGGUCCGCUUCCUCCGGCGCAACUUAUACAUUUCAAGCCACUUCAAGAGGAGGGUACGCAAGGCUCCGCUUGAGCGCAGCGAUGAGUCCUGACGCGCCGCCUCAGCCUGUUCGUCAUGUUAGGGACACGGGGUCCCCCACCGACAACAGAUCCGUUUCAACGCAAGAUACAGCACGGCCUGUUUUUGACCCGAUCGUCCCGGGAAGGGCGCCGUCAAUUCUGUCAUCUGCCAGUUCAAAUGGCAAGAAUGCUCCCUCUCUCAGCAGUCCCAUUUUCGUCGCGGCGCCCGAAGGGCGAAGCGCUGUCGUUCAGACUUGGCAGUCCGUGGAACAGGACAUGUUCGCGUCAGAUGUUUUUGCACUUGGGGCGGUGAUCAUGGACAUCUUGAAUAUUCUCUGCAAACGUAGCUAUGGCUCCUUCUCACGGCAUCGAUCCUCCAAAAAUCGGAUGGCUGGCCGCGGUGGAGGCUUGGCCGAUGCGAGCUUCCAUGCCAACCUUGGCCAGGUCUUCUUAUGGGCUCAAAGUCUCCAGCAUGAAGCCGAAAAGAAGGCGAAAAAGGAUGAAGGUCAGGUAUAUCAUGCGGUUGGCCCUGUUGUGCAGCUCAUUCUCCAGUGUCUCGAGCGAGAUCCCUCCGCACGUCUAACUAGCGCUCAACUCGAGCAAAAGCUAGGCGACCUUAUUCGUCGCUUUGCCGGUAUCGAUAGACUCCAUUGUGCGGCUCAACAGAAAACACAGAGUGAGGAAAUAUCGACGACUAUUCCCAUUCGGGAGAAGAAACAUCGGGACGGAGGCUCUGAGGGCGACAAUCCAGGGAGAACCUUCCGUCAAGGCUCUCGAAAUGCAGGACUCGUCACAAGAGAGCAAAGACAGCAUCAAGAGCAAACCAUUCUUCUGGAUGCCCCCAUGGUCCACUCGCCUAUCAGUCACACACCUCCAAGCGCAACCACGACUCCAGGAACAACUUCGGUCAGCUCGCUAUUGUCCUUCAAUUUUGACGGCCUUUCCGACACGGUGGUGGCAGACAGUCCGCGCUCCCGUGAUCAUUCCCGGCACCGAAGUGCUCGUCGCGCAGAAGCAACUGUCCCUCCAAAAGAGGUUCCUUGGACCAAUGAGCUGCGGCAGAAGCACUGGAACAACUGGCAUAAUAACGACAGUCAAGUGGAUCCGAGACUGUCGUUUGGUGAGUCGAUUGAGACAGGUGCAUUCACCUACUUGAACUAUAGCACGAGCGCCUCCUCAGAUGAGGGUGUGAAGUACUUUCCUCGGCCUCCUGAUCCACCCACGAAGCCGCCCCCCAACCGGGAGCUGCCUCCCGUGCCACCCUUGCCGACAGGAUCUCGAUCUUUGAAGCCAAAGCAACAGGCGCCUGCUACCAGGACAUCCAGUCAAGAUGUUGCUGUGCUAAACCAUUUAUCUUCUGUUGCGACUGGCGGACGUCCUCUUCGAAUCGACAGUCUGCCGAAGACAUCAGACCAUGAUGACGGUUUCCACGACAAGCCUCGACUUAUGAGAUAUCCACACAGAGCAACGGCGUCUCCACAUGGUCGAUCAAGACAAGAUCAAUACUCUGUACGAAGAGGUGCUUAA